UGUGAAUCUGUCCAUAAACAACAUUAAACACUCCUACCUAUCGCAUAUGAUUCGGAAAUCAACUAUGACGCUCUUUAAUGAUGGAUGUUAAAAAUGGAUUCAAAAUAUCUUGGAAAACUUUGUACGAAGAUAGGUUUAGAAUGGCAGCUACUUGGGGUGCAUCUAGGUUUCAACACCGUCCAGAUGGAACAGUUGCGUGCAGCGUACCCCUCGAGUAUUUUACAAUGUGUGUCUGUAAUGUUAAGUCAUUGGAAAAUUGUCACAGAGCAGCAUAAAGUCAAUUAUACUUCGGUAUUGUCUAAUUCUUUAAGAGAAAUUGGAAGGGCAGACCUUGCAGAUGACAUUAAUGGCUCAGUGCAACGGCUAUCUUGUGAUUUUUCAGUAAAAGAGAAAACCUGUUCGAUAUCAAGCACAGACGGAGAGGACGAACUUGAUGGUUUUGCAGACAAUAGCCGUCAACAUGUAAUGCUAAAUGGUGACAGUAGGAGGUAUAAAGAUGAAUUAAAAACUAUAGUCUUUGAGAACAGGACUAGUGAUCCAUUGUACAGAUACUUAGAACAGACAAAGGUAUUCAUGGAGCAUAAAAAUCAAAACAUUGAUUUAUUUGUGAAAACAAGAGCAUUUGAGAAAACAAUGGAACGAUUGUUGAUGAAUGGCAUUGUUAUAAUCAUUGGUAAUGCCGGGGAUGGGAAAACUACGCUUGCCGUUAAUGUUCUAAAUAAUUUACAGAAAAAAGGAUAUACGCCCCUCAUAUUUUCUGACCCACAUUGUCUUGAACAAGCAAUAGAUCCAAGUAGACAAAUAGUAUACUUCGUCGAUGAUGCCUUUGGAACCCCAACAUUAAACAAAAGGUUCAUUGAAAUUUGGUCAAGGCUUUAUGAUAAAAUUGACAGCAUCGUAUCAAAACAAAAAAUGUCAUUAAUUCUUACCUCAAGAAAAAUGGUGGCUCAACAAGCAAAAAAUAUGCUGCGUUCCUGUGAACGUUACUUUAAUUCACUCCUCGAUAUUACCGACGAAAGCUUAUGUAUGAAUAAUGUCGAAAAGCGAAUGUUAGUUGCCCGCCACUGCCAAGGUCAUGGCCUUUUCCCAACGCAACUUGUAAAAGAUAUGUCAGGAUAUACUCCCGGGUUCCCUUUGAUUUGCAAAUUAUAUGCAAAAAAUCAUCGUUUGAGAAAUAAUGCAAAUUUCUUUGAAAACCCAUUGUCGGUGUUACAAAAAGACAUUUCAGAACUUCUUGAUUAUGAUAUUCACUCAUUUUGUAUCAUGGUUCUAAUUGUUCUCCACGACGGGCGCCUUCCAGUUGAAUAUCUGGACGACGACUUUGAAGACGAUGGUAUGGACGAAGAAAAACUAAACACAGUCAUCAAGGCAUUUGAUAUGAACAAAAGGACAGCUUUGCAUCAGAUGGAGAAAUCUGUAGAGGCAAUAUUAGGGGUAUAUGUGGAAGAAGUAGAUGACGUGUAUAUAUUUUUACACGACUCAUUUUUUGAUGCCGUUUGUUUAGUUUUUGGACAAAAGCACCCGAAAGAAAUAAUAAGAUUAGCAUCAGCUCACUUUAUUGAGCAGCGUGUAAGAACCAAAAAUUCAGUUUUAUCAGAAAAUAGUGAUGAGUUAGAUGUUAUCGUUUUGAAAAAAUCGCAUUUAAAAUGUCUGUCAAAACGGUGGAUUUCAGAUAUACAGACAGGAAAUAUAAGAAAUGUCAUGAAUAACCCGUCUAUUCAAGACGAUGUCAUGUUGUCGAAAUUUAUUGAAGGCAUAGAACACUUGUCGGCAGUUCAAUUUGAAAGUUUUAUCGAGAGCAUGGAUGGUCAAAGAUCCUUAGCCGAAUUUAUAUUAGACGAUGGUCAUACUAAAUUAGCUAUGCAUUUGCUUCAUAAGAUAAAAGACACAAAUAACUUAUUUUUUGAAAUACCAAUCAAAAGUCUCCAUUCAGUUAUAAAUAGGAGAGAUGCUACACUAGUUAAGAUUUUGUUAGAUUUUGGAAUGGAUACGAGUAGUAUCACACGUCCAUACAAAUUGAAUGGUGUGCAUUGUGCAGCUCGAUCAGGAGAUGUUGAAAUCUUACGUCUGGUAUUGGAAAAAACUGGAAAUGAUGUCGUAAAUAGAAUAGACAAUUCAGGCAUGCAGCCAAUACAUUACGCAUGCCAAAGUUCAAGUGAUUCAUGCGUUGAACUUCUUUUGAAAAAUGGAAGUAUCGCUGAUAAUGCAGAUGGUGCCGGAAAGCAACCUAUUCACUAUGCAUCAUACGCUGGUAGCAUUAAAUGCGUAAGCCUUCUCAGCAACGCCGGUGCAUGUUUAAAUGAAAAAGACUGGAUGGAAAGAACAUCUCUUCAUUUUGCUGCUAUGAGUGAUAAUGUAGAUCUUGUAUGCUUUCUUCUAGAACAUAGCUGCGAUCCCAAUGCAAAAGAUAGCGAUUUUUGUGCGCCGUUAUUCUAUGCUUGUAAAAAUGGGCGCUGGAGAACAGUUGAAGCUUUAAUUCAGAAUGGCGCUGACAUUAAUAUUUGCGACAAGUAUAAUAGAUUACCUAUACAUUCAACUACAGAAGGGUGUCACUCUGAUCAUGAGGGUGCAUACUCAUGUUUGAAACUACUGUUAGAUGUAAAAACCGACAUCAAUGCUGUAGAUGACCAAGGCAAAUCCGCUUUACAUUACGCAUGCGCUUGGUCAUAUGAUCACAGAUUUGACAGUGUGCAAAUGCUUGUGGCAUCAGAAGCUGAUGUCAAUAUAACAGAUGGUUUUAAGAUGACCCCAUUGUUGUACGCAUGCAAUAGUGGAAGUUUUCAGUGCGCGUCACUUUUACUUCAUUAUGGUGCAAAUCCAAAUUGUGACGGAAAACGACAAACUAAACCGAUACACCUUGCAUGUGCGGAUGGUAAUAUUGAAAUAGUCAAACUUCUGAUAAGUAAGUCAGCCGAUGUUAAAUCAACAAAUGCCGAUGGUCGCCAACCAAUUCAUUUUGCUAGUCAAUAUGGAAAUAAUGAUGUUAUUUGCUUUCUUGUUUGGAAUGGAGCUAGCGUAAAUGUUCAAGACAGUACGGGAAAGACUCCGCUCCACUAUGCAUGCAAAUGGGGACGAAGAAAAUCGGUUAAAUGUUUGAUGAAACUCGAUAGUAAUCUACACGUCAAAGAUAAUGACGGAUUGUAUCCACAGGACUUAAUUCCGCAGUGGGCAGAAAGCAGUAAAUUUAUAAGACAAUGUUUAUCUAGUACUUCUAAUUCUUUGUAGCACCCGUUCGAAGAACAUUAGGUCGAUCAUGCAUGCAAACCUUGACUUGAGGUUCUUCUGUGAAGGGAGACACUCAUGCAAGCUAAACUAGUGUACAUAUGGUUAUAAUUACACACGUGUAAUUACUUUAGAUGUGUUUCAUUAUAAUGCGUUAUUCUGGUUGGCUACAUUGCAAUCUCGUGUUUUUUCUUAUUCAACUUCAUUACACAAUAAAAAAAAUCAUUCGUGAUGACUCAAGGUCCCACAAUAAAGUGCACAGGUAAAUUAAAUAAAAACUUGGUAAAAAUCGUGUCUUCAUUAUCCUAACUAAAAAAUGUAAUUAUAAGUAUAGAAUGCUUAUUUUUGUAACUGCAUAGGGUUAUAAAAGCGUUGACCGUGCGCACAUUUUUAGAAUGAAGCGCUUCCGCGCUUCAUACAAAAUGUAAUUUUGUUAACGCUUUUACACCCCAACGAAGUUACAAAAAGAAGCAUUCAGUUCUUAAGUAUCAAAUAAUGGCUUCUGAAGUUUCCAAUGAAGAUAAAUCCAGUAAAGCGCUUCGGGCUUUCCUUGUGUAUAUAAGCAAGUUCAUUCACUUUUAGAUAAAGUGUAUUGCAAUACAUGUGUAUUUGUUUCUCUAAAUCUUAUUGUUAUUUAAGGGUGUUUUCGGGGGAAAUUUAAAAAUCUCAAAUUUAAAAAUGAUACUUUCAGUCAGUAGAGAAUUAAGGAACACAAUAAGUGAAAAAUAUUGAUAGGCUAUGGAAUUCCUUUUCGAGAUCAUUGAUUUACAAAAACUAUCUUUAAAAAAGAUAUCCGACGUAUUUAAAUUUGAGUAUAUAUAUUUAAAACUAUCAUUUCGAUAACCUUCAGAAGCACAAUGACUUAAUGAUGCAUAACCUCUUUAAUUUUAAAAUCUCCAUAUGAAUAACGUUUUCUCUGUUUGUGUUCAGUAUGCUGGGUCCUCGUAUUUUUGUAAAAUGAUGUUUAUAUUCACCAAAACCCCGCGGAAAUCUCACAUGCGUAGGUGCGUUCUAAAAUUCAUGUACGUUAGUACAAUAAAGUUUACAUUAAGAAUUAUAUAAUUGUCCCAAAUAAACAGCUGUCAUGGAUGCAAAGAGCUAUUGGAGAAACAAUUAUUUUAAUAAAAAUAUAAAUCUUUGUAAGAUCUAGUUCAAAUAUUUAUAGUUUUACACUUGCUUUCCAUCACGAUAUAAUUAACGAGACGCUUUUUCAAACACAACCAAAUCACCCACCAUGACAGCAUUUUGUCCAAUCACAGAAAGGAUUUUCGAGCAUGCGUAUUCUGUUGCCAUAGUUAAGCGUCCUUAAGUUCAAAGGGCACAAACCGAAACUAUACCGACUACGUCAGGAAAAAAAUGGCGGACAAAAGUUGUCUCUGACUUUACCUUAUAUGUUGCAUUGCCAUUAUUAGGGUGCUUAAAUAGUUAUGAAAGUAAUCUACGAGCCUUGUUUAUCAAAUUUGAAAAAAAUAACUGUCUCGAUGGAGAAAUGUCGUAUCACACUCUAUGAAAUGGUAGAACUUGAAAAAAAAAGUCCGGAAAGAUUUACCAUUCAUCAUUACAAAAAUAAAAGGAUUCUUUAAUCAUGUUAAUGUAGUUUAUUCAAGAAGCAGCGAUCAAAUAAUUGACUUGGAAUCAUUGUUUGAAUAUAAUUAUUAUCAUUUUUAUAAUUUAAAUCAUAUCCAUUUUCUUGUUAGAUUAUGAAAUGUGCAAUAAUUAGUGUAGUUGUUUGAAAGAAUGAAUGAUGUAUUUUGCUAUUAAAUAAUAUACUGUG